CCCUGCUGACCUUCGGUUACUACGUCACUUGUGAUCGCUUGGUCGGUAACGAUAUGUGAUAUUCUUUCUGAAAAUACAGAGAAAAAUGACUCAGACAACAAGCAGAAAAUUUACUUAUUUAUGUAUCAAUGCACCAAACGGUGUCAGACGACUGGUGACAUCAAUUUAUUCAUCAUCUAAAGAAGACAAAAAAGAAGUUGAAAGUGCCCAAAGCAACAUGGAUCAAAAUGUUCUCAUCAAAGAUGUGGGGAACAGCGGCGUGAUAGCUUUGAAUCGACCUGCAGCAUUGAAUGCGUUGAAUUUGUCGAUGGUCCAAAAGAUAUAUCCCGUUCUGAAACAAUGGGAAUCUUCCAAAAGACUAGUAAUUAUUGAAGGUAUGGGUGAAAAAGCGUUUUGUGCGGGCGGAGAUAUCAAAUCGCUUGUUUUGGCACUGAAUGAGUCAGGAAGAAAUACUUUGGGAGAAGAGUUUUUUAGAAGAGAAUACUCAUUAAAUUACUUGAUUGGAACAUACAAAAAGCCUUACAUAGCUCUCAUAAAUGGAAUAACAAUGGGUGGUGGCGUUGGAUUAUCAAUACACGGCAAGUACAGAGUCGCCACGGAGAAAACGCUCUUCGCUAUGCCAGAAACAGCAAUAGGUCUGUUUCCUGAUGUAGGUGCGACCUAUUUUCUGCCCAGGUUGAAGGGAAAGUUGGGUCUUUAUUUGGGACUCACGGGAUACAGAUUAAAAGGUGUUGACGUGCUUCUCGCUGGAAUUGCAACGCAUUUUGUGCCGUCAGAAAGACUAGAGAAUUUAAAAACUGAUUUGUUAACGUCACAAGAGACGAAUAUCGAGAAAAUAUUAAACAAGUAUCAACCGAAUUUGAAUCACGAAUUUAGCUUAGCUCCACACAUGUCGCAGAUAGAACAUUGUUUUUCCGCUUCGUCCGUAGAAGAGAUAAUUGAGAGGCUGAGGAAUGAUAAUUCAGAAUGGGCACAGAGAAACGUAGAAACACUGAUGAAAAUGUCUCCAUCCUCGCUCAAAGUCACAAAAAAAGCAAUUGACGAAGGAACCAAAAAAUCUUUGGCGGAGUGCUUGCAGACCGAGUAUAGAUUGGCAUGUGUCUCUCUGCAUAAAGACAGCGACUUCUACGAAGGUGUCAGAGCUCUUCUGAUUGACAAGGAUCAGAAACCAAUAUGGAAACCCAGCAGCUUGACCGACGUAACGGAAGAAAGCAUAGCUAAACGAUUUGCGAAUCUUCCCCCGGAAAAAGAAUUGAAUUUGCACACCGAAACCAAACUAUGAGAUUUGAAGAAAAACGAUAUUGUGAUAAAAAUCAAUUGUUAUACAAAUUUUAUUUUUAUAUUUCUUACAGUUUUAUACACACUGAUUGUUGGAAGAAUUUUAUGGUGAAAUCUGUUUGUAUUUUGUUGGUAAUUUUUUUUUUUUUUUUUCAUAUAUUCGAUUUUCUGUUUUAUAUACAAUAAACAUUGCGGAUAAGAAACCAAGAGCAGAGAGAU